ACCUCCGUGGGAGCGGCCGCGGGACGCGCUGCCCGCAGCAGGUGCCGCUCGCCCGCCAGUCCGGCCACCCCCGCGGGCUCCCGGCAUCCGAACCGCGCGGAGGCGGCAGGAGCGGAGGCGGCUCCGCCACCACCACCUGUGGCGGCGGGAUGGCGGAGCUCGACAUCAGCGAGGAGGCAGUGAUGGGCUUCCUGAGGGAGCGCGGCGGGCGGGUGCGCAACACCGAGCUGGUGAGCGCCUUCCGGCCGCUGCUGGAGGCCGCCGGGGCCGGGGAGGCGGAGGGGCGGGCGGCGCGGCGGGAGCGGUUCAAGGCGGCGGUGAACGCCGUGGCCACCGUGAAGGAGACCGACGGCGUCAAGUUCGUGGUGCUGAAGCGGCAGUUCCGCGCUGCCCCGCCGGCGGGGGGCGAUGGCGGCGCCCCUGUCCCCGUUGCCAUCCCCGAGCCGGUUCCCGUCCCCGAGCCGGUUCCCGUCCCCGAGCCUGUUCCCGUCCCCGAGCCGGACCCCGCCGAGACGCCCCCCGAGGAGCCGCCGGGGCCGCGGGCCGUGGCCGAGCUGCGGGGCCUGUUCCAGGGCGGCGGCGGCGGGGUGCCCCUGCCCGGGGGCGCGGCGGGGGCCCGGCGGGAGCCGCCGCCCAAGCCCUGCAUGCUGCCCGUGCGCUGCGUGCCGACCCCCGCCGCCCCGGGGCCGCCCGAGCCGGCCGCCAGCCCGCUGUCCCCGCCGCCGCUGGACGAGGAGGCCGGGUCCCGCUCGCCGGGGCUGCGGAGGGGGCCCAAGAACCACCGGGCCAGCGAAGACACCGUGGUGCCCCUGGAGCAGGCGGAGCACCAGUGGCUGGUGCUGGCGGCCGACGGGCAGUGGACGCAGCAGCUCCACGGGCUGCUGCUGGGCGACGCCAGCCUGGCGGCUCGCAAGGACUUCAUCUCCGGCUUCACCGCCCUGCACUGGGCCGCCAAGAACGGCAACUGCGACAUGGUGACCAACAUCAUCCGAGCGGCCGAGAAGGGUGGCGCCCGCGUCAAUGUGGAUGCCAGGUCGCAUGGUGGGUACACGGCGCUGCACCUGGCUGCCAUUCACGGCCAGGAGAAGAUCAUCAACAUGCUCGUCUACAGCUACCACGCCAAGAUUGACCUGAGGGACUACAGUGGGAAGAAGCCCCACCAGUACCUGAAGGAAGGGACAUCCCUUACAAUUAGGCGUUUGCUGGGGGACCCCAGCCUUUCCCAAAACAUGGAACACUCCGUGCCCAUCAAGAAAUCUACAAAGCUUGCGGCUUCAAUCUUGAGCUCCACGAGCACUUUCCUGGGAGUCAUAUCCGAUGACAUGGCUUUCUAUGAUCUCACCAAAGGUUUAAGGAGGCCCUCAACUUUAAACAAGCUUCUGACUGCCACUACGGGCCCGAGGAGGAAGCCAAAGAUCAGAGGGGGCUUCCCUUCAUAUUCCUCACUCUCUGAGGUAGCAGAGGAGGAGGAAGAGGUUGUCGUGAAGCGCAGACCCGUUUCUGAGCUGUUCUUUGGCCACUAGCCUCUGCCUUACUGUGAUCAAAAUGGUUUAACAGCACGGCUGCUGUCUCAGCUUUCUCUUGCAGAAGCAGUUUGGAUUUUUUGUCUCUGUGUCUGUCUUUUUGGAUUUUUAACUGAAUCAGUGAUAGGGUCCCCAUCGAAAGGCCACAGCAUGAAACCCAGCCCCAGGUGCCUGUGGAAAGGGAGCUGCCAGAAAGUGCUAUCCAUGCUGUAUGUACCAUCGGGCUGAUCUCUUGGUGGAGACCACAAACUUUAUACUUAAUGGUUGAAAAACUGAAACAGCUUGUGUGUGUGUGGACAGGUCAGAAUGCCUGAGGUACAGCCUUCUUGAUCUGUGUUCUUCAGCUGGAGAGCAGAAGCAAGAUGAAGGAUUGCAUAUUUUACACUGUGAACAGCAAGCUGGUAGCUGGCUACUUUAACAAGGCUUGUUAUCUAAUGGGAUUAAAUUAUCAGAGGAAAGAUGCAUAGUUUUCUAUGAUGUUUCUGAUUAUUUUGGUAGUAGAAGAAGGAUAUUUCUAUUUACAAAAAUUGUAUACUUUUUCAAAACAAAGUUUCUCACUUUGAGAGCUUCUCACUCAGUAUUUCACAUCAGAAAUACUAACAUAACAAUCUCAAUUGUUGCCUGAUGCAUUUUAUUAGAUAAAUUACUUAAAAAGAUAGACCCUGACCUUCAGCACUCAUGUCACCAUGACUUGUCUACCUCAGUUUGAAAGCUUGGCUAGUGGUUGAAGAUUUUCUCUCUUCCUGAAGGACCUUUUUACUAGGUGGUACUUACCACAUGUCUUGAUGAUACUGUGAACAUUUAAACUUCACUGUUGUUCAAUCAACUUUAGCUGAAUAAAGAACCUUAUUGAUAGUGAAAAAAUUGAACUGAAAACCUGGAAAUUGGAUCUGUCAGAGUUUCUCAGUAGCCAACUGGAAACAAAGUUAGGCUUCUAUGUCUGAUUGUUUAAAACUUGGCCCAUUUUGACCUAUUUACAAUAAAUAUUUAUAAACAUGGGGCUAUAUGUAAUGUUAGGUGUUUCAUGAUAGAACCUCUGCAUGACCUCUUGAAGCAGUGUUUAUCUCAACAGAAUCAUUGACCUAAAAUGAACUCUUCUUCUUUUAAAUUAUAAACAUAAUUGUUCUAUAUAUAGAACUACACAUAGCUCAAAAAGCAUGCUAACUGCAUGUUAGGUUUGCAGUGAGAUUAUUAUUAUUUUAAUUACUGCUUGGUUAAAGUUAAUGCCAAGAGGCAGAGCUGUGAACAAAAUGUCUGACUUCUGGGGCAAGCCUGCGAAACCAGCAUGUUUUCUCUAAAACUGUGAUAAAAACCUGUAUCAUUGAGAGGUGCUGAAGGUGAGAGCAAUGCUGCACUGCCUCUCUUUGGGUUUCUGCACUGAAACACCAGUUUGCAUGCUUUGCCUUUCCUUCCAGGUCAGUGACUUGAGGAAUGUUUGUUUUUUUCUGCCUUGCAUUAAACCCAGUACUUGUAAUUGGUUCUAAUUGGCUUGCCCUAAACACCCACAAGGAAUGCUGCAGGACUGAAGAUGAAGGCACUGCCCUCUUUCCUUCAGAACACUCUCCCUGAAGUUCCUGGAGUUGGUGACCCUGUGAUCAGAGGUUGCAGCCAGCUCUGAUGCACCUGUUCUGGGAGGAGGCUGGAUUAUUCUGCACCGGUCUGCUUCUGGAUUGAACUAAUUAAGUUGUUAAGCAGAGGUUAAUGAUCAAGCACCUCAUGACUUCUAUAUCUGGAGUAGGGUUUAAAAAAAAUAAAAUCCAAUUUGCUCUCUA